CUUACUCGGUCCAUCGGAAAAAGAAGAUGUGGGGUCGGAUCGUAUGCGAAGGGCGGAGGGUACUUCCCUGCAACCUGCGACUGGUACGAAACAUGGGUGGCGGUCCUCGCACGUUUCCCGGCGGCGUCAACAAAUGGAAAUGGAAACGCAUGCACGAGAAACGAGCGAAAGACAAACAAAACCGACUUCUGGAGCAAGAAAAACAACUCUACGAAGCUCGCAUUCGUUCUCACAUUCGCUCCACCCUCUCCCCUGACCACCGCUCCGCCGCCGCGGCCACCCACCAACCUCUCUCCCCCCACCACCACGUCAAAGCCCUCGCCGAUCGAUUCAUCAAAGAAGGUGCCGAAGAUCUCUGGAACACUCACGAUGGUCCCCUAACACCCCCACCAACAGUAUCAACAACACCUUCGCCGCUCGAUUUGGGGAAACUUGUACCGCAACUUCAGAAACGGAGUUUUGUCACUGUUAGGGGUUACCGUUCUGUUGCUGGGGUUGGGAAUAAUCGUGUUGGCACCGAAAAGCGAAGGUUUUGGAGGAAUGAUAGUGAUGGGUCUUCUAGUGAGAGUGAGAAUGAGGGUGAAAUUGUAAGUGAGAAUUGGGGUUUGAAGAUGGGUAGUAGAGCUUCUUUGGGGAAAUAUGAUGUGAAGAGAGAGAGAAGGGUGGUUCCCAAUUCGCAUGAAGAGGAAAGACAGUUAUCGGAGCAGGUUGAGUUGAUCAAGUAUGAACUUAAUAAGAGGAAGUUGAGCCAGAAUGAGGAGCAAGAGGAUGAGGAACAACAAAGCGUUUUAAGUCAGACUAGAUUUGACGAGUGUGGUAUAUCGCCUUUGACGGUUAAGGCGCUUUCAUCUGCUGGUUAUAUUCAUAUGACCCGGGUACAAGAGGCUAGCCUCCCUAUUUGCCUUGAGGGUAUGGAUGCUUUAGUCAAAGCUAAAACUGGCACUGGAAAAAGUGCAGCUUUCUUGCUUCCUGCUAUUGAAACAGUUCUAAAAGCUAUAAGUAGCAGUACCUCUCGACGUGUGCCUCCAAAUCCAAUACUUGUUCUUAUUCUUUGCCCUACCAGAGAACUUGCUAGUCAAAUUGCAGCUGAAGCAAAGGUUUUGAUGAAAUAUCACGAUGGCAUUGGGGUACAGACUCUUGUUGGAGGUGUACGAUUUAAAGUUGACCAAAAACGCCUUGAAUCAGAUCCAUGCCAGAUACUUGUUGCUACACCUGGUAGGUUGCUGGAUCAUAUUGAGAAUAAGUCUGGAAUAUCUGUGCGACUAAUGGGAUUGCAGAUGCUUGUACUUGAUGAAGCUGAUCAUUUACUGGACCUGGGAUUUCGAAAGGAUGUAGAAAAAAUUGUUGAUUGUUUGCCUCGUCAAAGGCAAUCGUUGUUGUUUUCUGCAACCAUACCAAAGGAGGUCCGCCGUAUAUCUCAGCUUGUUUUGAAAAGGGAACACAAAUAUGUUGAUACAGUUGGAAUUGGCUCUGUGGAAACUCCGGUUCAGGUAAAGCAAUCUUAUCUUAUUGCUCCUCACGAGUCACAUUUUCAAUUUGUGUACCAUUUUCUGAAGGAGCAUAUCUUGCAAGCACCUGAAUACAAGGUUAUUGUUUUCUGUGUAACUGGGAUGGUGACAUCACUCAUGUAUCACCUUCUUCGGGAAAUGAAAAUGAAUGUCAGGGAGAUACAUUCUCGAAAACCUCAGCUUUAUCGAGCACGCGUAUCAGAGGAGUUCAGGAAAUCCAAACAAUUGAUUCUUGUUUCAUCUGAUGUUUCAUCACGUGGAAUGAACUAUCCUGAUGUUACUUUAGUCAUACAGUAUGAAACCCAGGUGGGAAUUCCUUUCGACCGAGAACAAUACAUACAUCGUCUUGGAAGAACGGGACGGGAAGGCAAAGAAGGGGAAGGCAUAUUGUUGAUUGCUCCAUGGGAAGAGUAUUUUUUAGAGGAAAUCAAGGAUCUUCCUCUACAGAAAUUCCCCUUACCAGAUAUAGAUCCACAGACGAAGCUUAAGAUUGAGAAUUCAAUGGCUAAGAUUGAUAAUGACAUCAAAGAAGCAGCAUAUCAUGCUUGGCUUGGUUAUUAUAACUCCAUCAGGGAAAUUGGGAGGGAGAAGACCACUAUAGCUGAGCUAGCAAACCGAUUUUCUGAAUCAAUUGGUUUACAAAGGCCUCCUGCUCUCUUUCGAAAAACUGCAAUAAAAAUGGGUUUGAAAGACAUUCCUGGCAUUAGAAUUCGUAGAUAGUAGCAUGCAUG